UCGGCCCUCCAUCAGAUGAAUCCAUAUAUAAAAGAGAGAGAGGGAGUAACUCCAUGGGCAUCUUCCAAGUGGGAGUUCGAGAUAGAGAGGAAAGUGGUACUGUGGUAGCACAGUUUCCGGCCGAAACUCUUUCUGUCUCUCUCGACUCUGAAGAUGCAAACGAGCGAGUCGUUAGUUUCCUCUCCCUCGUCUUCCCCACCUUCUUCGCCGACACCUAGUGUCCCAACUGUCAUUGCUUCCCCCUGUGCUGCCUGUAAGAUUCUCCGCCGGCGAUGCGUCGACCAAUGCGUCUUGGCGCCCUACUUUCCGCCCUCCGAGCCCCAGAAGUUCAUUACGGCUCACCGUGUUUUCGGAGCCAGCAACAUCAUCAAACUCCUUCAGGAUCUUCCGGAGUCGCAAAGGGCAGAUGCAGUGAGCAGCUUGGUGUAUGAAGCGAAUGCUCGGACGAGGGAUCCUGUGUAUGGCUGUGCUGGAACAAUCUUUCAAUUGCAGAAGCAAUUGACUGAGUUGCAAUCUCAGUUGGCCAUGGCGAAAGCCGAGAUACACAACAUGCAGAUUCGGCAGGCGAAUUUGAUGGCUAUUUGGUGCAUGGAGACGGCGCAGUCACCACAGGCAGUGAUCGAUGAGAGUAGCAUUUAUGGAGUCAAUAACAACAGCAACGACACCUACCAGCAUGGCCAGUUUCAGUUUCAGCAAGGAAACUGUGGUUUCUUUGAUGAUGCUAAUAUUGGCUCUCUCUUGGAGCCCAUGAUCUGGACAUGAUCCGGCCAAUUUUUUUUCUUUCUUCUUUCAAGAUUUUGAUUGAUCUUGUAUAAGCAUGAUUUUCCUAAAGGGGAAAAUGAGUGUCUUUUGAAUCUAACAACUGUAUAUAUAUGGCAAAAUACCAAAAUUUGGGAAUUUCUCA